UUGACAGAGAGAGAGAGUCUGAGAGAGAGAGAGUGUGAUGCUGGAGAGUUCUGUGUUGACUUCUCAUGGAGGCGACGACGCCAAAUAAAAAGCAGAUCCCCACCUCCGUCUCUGCUGACGCCGACGCCACGACUCCCUUCUCUCUCUCACGAUUCGAGGAUUCUCCUGUCUUUAACUACAUAAAAAAUCUCUCUCCGUUUGAACCUAUCGACUCCAUUCGCAAUGAUCGCACAUUCAACUCACUGAAUUUGGCUUCCCCUUCAUUGGCCUCUGCUUCACCACCAACUAGUUCCCACAUGGAAACCAGAUUUUUAAUUGGAAGGCAUCAAUUCUCAGGCCCACUGAAACCUGAGUUUCCCUGCGGUAGAAGUGAAAAUAAUACAAAUGAAGCGGUUUCAGGGGCUGCUCAAUUACCUGGUGAUUUGUGUAAUGAACAGCUUGGAUGUUUUACACCUAGCAGUGAGCCACCAAUUGAACAAUUGGAACUGGCCAUUGAGUUGCCAACAACGUCGAAUAAUGAUAGUGGUAGCCCAGAUAGUGAAGUGAUGCCUUGUGAUGCAACCAGGACAGAAGCUGAGCUGGAAAUGGCAGGCUCAAUCACACCGCUUAUUUUAUUAGACAAGGAUAAUUCAAAAGAAAGACAGCACAUGUUGGAACAUGAAACAGAUUUACGUAAAAUCCGACGACUUGAGCAAACUGACGAAGCAGCAGGACUUGACUGGGUGACACUGGUUUCUGAUGUUGCUGAUCUUUUAAACUUUAAUUCAUGGAUAAUUGAAGAGCGUUCUGAGGGGCAGAAGGCAGAGGAUCCUGGAACAAUAUCUUUUGUCUCAACAGUCCUAGACCUACCACAAGAUAAUACCGAUGAUAUGGUGAACUUGCUAUCCGAUGGUCUUGCUGAUUCUUGCAAACAAGGUGGCAUAAGAGAUCCUGUAGCUCAACUACUUGAAACUCAGGAUACAGAGGGGGAAGAUGAGGUUCCAGUAACACUUUCUAGCAAUAUAACUGGGCUAGUUGUCAAUGAUUCACCUGCAAAAGAGGAUGUGAAAGGGGCAGGAGUCUCCCAUUCCGCCUGCGAGCGUAGUAUGAGGAGGCGCUGCCUAAUCUUUGAGAUGGCAGGAGCUCAUAAAAGGAAAUCCUUAUGUGAUUCUGAUCUUAGUUCUUCAACCUCAUCACAAUCAGUCCAUAAAGUUCCUGAAACUGAAAAGCAUUUGGUCUCAAGUAAGGCAGGAAGUAAUCACCGAUCGUCCAUGUUAACUGGUAUUGGGAUACACUUGAAUGCUCUUGCUUCUUCUUCGAACACUGUUAAACUUGUCAAGAGUGAGGCUCUAGCUAUUGGAAGGCCGCAAGAGCAAAGGGAGCCAAGAUAUGCAAACACUGUUGAGCCAAUGACAUCGGGUCUAACUGUUCUUAUUGAAUCCUCGCCUCCAAGGUUGAUGGACAGAGACGUGAUUCCUGGUGGAGAUGAAUUCAAAGUCAUGGGAAAUGCUUUCCAGACUUCAUUGAGUUUUGUUAGCAAAGAGAUUGACCAUAACAGUCCCGAAAAGAAGAGGAACAAGUUGGAGCUUGUCGGAGAAAGCCUGGCUUGCAAGCGCUGUAAUUGUAAGAGGUCCAAGUGCUUGAAGCUUUACUGUGAAUGCUUUGCCGCUGGCCUCUACUGUGUGGAACCUUGUUCAUGUCAAGAUUGCUUUAACAAUCCUGUUCAUGAAAAGACUGUUCUUGAGACUCGUAGCCAGAUUGAAUCUCGCAAUCCACUUGCUUUUGCACCGAAAGUCAUUAGAAGCACUGAUUCGGUUUACGAAAAUGGGGAUGAAACUAAUAAAACUCCAGCUUCAGCCAGGCACAAACGAGGCUGCUUUUGUAAAAGGUCAAGUUGCUUAAAGAAAUACUGCGAAUGCUUUCAGGGUGGUGUUGGAUGCUCUAUUAGUUGCAGAUGUCAAGGAUGCAAAAACACUUUUGGUUGCAGGGAUGAAGCUGAAGAAACUGAGUUUGAAGAGGAAGAAACAGAAGUGAAUGACAAGAAUGCAUCAGAGAGAAGCGUACAUGAUGGUCAGCAGCAAAAAUCUGACAGUUCAGAUCUUCCAGUAUCUUCUGAAAUUUUCAGAUCAUCAACCCUAGCGAAUACUGUUGGCCCAUCUUCUCCAUUGUGCAACAGCCAAAAAUUUGGAAAACCAGAUAUUGUCUAUGUUAAGCCCGUGUUUGAGAAGAAUCUUGAGGUGAUUCCAAAAAUUGGAGCUCCUAAGAUUUUGAAAAACAAUUAUGCACCCACUUCUGAUGUCAAGUCAGUCUCUCCCAAGUGCAAGAGAAUUUCACCUGCUCUUUUUCAGCCAGGAUCAACUGCUUGGCGUAGGAAGAAGUUGAUUCUAAAAUCUGUCCCUACAUUCCCAUCUCUGGGACCCCAGUGAGAGAAAUGAUGUCGAAUUCUGCUCCUGGGUUUCUUCAGGUAUAUUCAAUUGUUUGUCUUAUUCGAAGUGUCUUAAGGUUUGUCCCUGCAUAUCCACAUCUUGGAGCCCAAUGAGAGCAAAGACCUCCGAUUGAUUCUGCUAUGGGGUUCCUUUAGGUAUGUAUGUUCAAUUCUUCGAGUCUUAUUCAAUGUAUCCAUGUAUAAUUAGAGCCUCACUGACGGAAGGUAUAUACCCAUAAAUGCAUAAAAUCUAAACAUUAUGUAAUCGUUCGUGUUCUCUGCUAUCAAAUAUGUUAAAAGGUGACAUAAUCUCUGUGACGUAUCUAUAGUUGAUUCACAGGUUUUAGCUUG